AUGGGGGGGGGGGGGGGGGGGGGGGGGGGGGGGGGGGGGGGGGGGGGGGGGGGGGGGGGGGGGGGGGGGAAUAUAGGGGGGGGGGGGGGGGGGGGGGGGGGGGGGGGGGGGGGGGGGGGGGGGUGGGGGGGGGGGGGUGGGGGGGGGGGGGGGGGGGGGGGGGGGGGGGGGGGGGGGGGGGGGGGGGGGGGGGGGGGGGGGGGGGGGGGGGGGGGGGGGUUUUAUAAGAGGGGGGGGGGGGGGGGGGGAAAGGGGGGGGGGGGGGGGGGGGGGGGGGGGGGGGGGGGGGGGGGGGGGGGGGGGGUAAGGAAUUUUGGGGGGGGGGGGGGGGGGGGGGGGGGGUGGGGGGGGGGGGGGGUUGGGGGGGGGGUUGUUUUUAUUUUUAUAUAUAUAUUUUGGGGGGGGGGGGGGGGGGGGGGGGGGGGGGGGGGGGGGGGGGGGGUUUUUAUUUUUUUUUGGGGGGGGGGGGGGGGGGGGGGGGGGGGUUUUGGGGGGGGGGGUUGUGGGGGGGGGGGGGGGGUAUUUGCGCAAUGGGUAGACCUGAUCGAGCCCGAUUGA